AAGAAGGUUUCGCUUUCUUCGCCGAGCUGUCUUUUUGGCGUUUUAAGAGACGUGCUUUGAGUCUGUAAGCUAGGGUCUGUGUUCAGAGCCCGGCCAUGUCGGAGGUAGUGCUGUUACUUCACCAAGAUGGACCCAGACCUGACACCGCUCUUCCACAUUCUACCCCCCAAACCGUUUUUACCAACCCCAAGCAUGGCUCGCCCCUGGUUGACAGUCUAAAAAUAAAAUCGAGCAGGGCCAACUGCGCUUCCAGACACUUGGCCUGCGUAGGUUUUCCUGCCAGAGGUCCCCAGGCAGGAGGAGAGGGGCACUGAGGAGCGCGUUCGAGGAGCAGCAGGUCCUCACAACAAGGAGUUCCACUUAUCCCCAGGUUGGACAUUGUCCUGUCAGAGGACACAUUCUCCAGGAUUAAGAGCUUCUGUAGGAAUCAGGAUGGCGACCAACUCCGAGGCCGCCAAGCCGGUCAUCAUGAAUGAAGAUGAACUGAAGAGGAAGCAGCGGGAGAAGCUGAAGAAGCUCCAGGCCACGGGGGGCAACCCAAGACCCGCAAGGUCCCUCUUUUUCUUCACUCUUGGAAACCCCUUCCGUAAGGCCUGCAUCAACAUUGUGGAGUGGAAAACCUUUGAGAUCAUCAUUUUACUGACCAUCUUUGCCAACUGUGUAGCUCUGGCCGUGUUUCUCCCCAUGCCUGAAGAAGACAGCAACAACACCAAUUUAAACUUGGAAAGUCUGGAGUACAUAUUCUUGAUCAUCUUCACCUUAGAGUGCUUCCUGAAGAUAGUGGCGUACGGGUUUGUGUUCCACGAAGGUGCUUAUUUACGAAAUUGCUGGAACAUAUUGGAUUUUGUCAUCGUCUUCAUGGGUCUGGUCACCUUCGCCUUGGACACCAUCAACAUGAUAUCAGGCGUUCCACUGGAGAAAGGAGGAGGCUUUGACAUGAAGGCACUGAGAGCCUUCAGGGUCCUGCGGCCCUUACGGCUGGUCUCUGGAGUCCCCAGCCUGCAGGUGGUGAUGAACUCCAUCCUCAAAGCCAUGCUUCCUCUACUGCACAUCGCCCUGCUGGUCUUCUUAUUGGUCACCAUCUAUGCCAUCAUGGGCCUGGAGCUCUUCAAGUGCAAAAUGCAUAAAACCUGCUACUACACGGGCACAAACAUCUACUCAACAGCAGAGGGGGCGAUGCCAGCGCCCUGUGCUCAGGCGGGCAAUGGACGUCGCUGCAUCAUUAAUGGCUCCGAGUGUCGACCUGGCUGGGAAGGUCCCAAUAAUGGCAUCACCCACUUUGAUAACAUCGGCUUCGCCAUGCUGACGGUCUAUCAGUGUAUCACCAUGGAAGGAUGGACCAAAGUUCUCUACUGGAUCAACGACGCCAUCGGGAAUGAAUGGCCGUGGGUCUACUUUGUUCCCCUAAUUCUUCUGGGCUCCUUCUUUGUCCUCAAUCUGGUUCUGGGCGUGCUCAGUGGAGAGUUUACCAAAGAACGAGAGAAGGCCAGGUCACGAGGAGAAUUCCAGAAGUUGAGGGAGCGUCAACAACUGGAUGAGGACCUCCACGGCUACAUGGAAUGGAUCACUCACGCUGAGGUCCUGGAUGCUGACAGAGAGGGCAAAGGUCUCCUACCUCUGACCAGUGGAGAUUCUGACACCGACAGCCUGUUCGAUGUGGAGGGCAAGAGUCGAGUGAUCUACUAUUAUCGCCUGGCCCGUCGCUGGAACCGAUUCUUCAGGAUGAAGUGUUUGGUUUAUGUGAAAACCAGAGCAUUUUACUGGCUGGUGAUGUUUCUGGUUCUCCUUAACACACUGACCAUCGCUACAGAGUACCACCAUCAGCCCCUUUGGCUCACAUCCCUUCAAGAUGUGGCAAGCCGCGUCCUCCUGGUGCUCUUUGUCAUCGAGAUGUUCGUGAAGAUGUACGCGCUGGGUCCCAGGGCGUAUUUUAUGUCGCUCUUCAACCGUUUUGACUUCUUCGUGGUGAUGUGCGGCAUCCUGGAGAUGAUCAUGCUGUCGGUGGGAGAGGUGACCCCUUUGGGUUUCUCUGUGCUCAGGUGUAUUCGCCUUCUGAGGAUCCUCAAAGUCACAAAGUAUUGGACCUCUCUGAGUAACCUUGUAGCCUCGCUCCUCAACUCUGUUCGCUCCAUCGCCUCCUUGCUCCUUCUCCUCUUCCUCUUUAUCGUCAUCUUCUCCCUGCUCGGCAUGCAGGUAUUUGGAGGCAAAUUCAACUUUCCCGACCACAGGCCCAGACGGAGCAACUUUGACAACUUCCCUCAGGCCCUCAUUAGCGUGUUCCAGAUCCUAACAGGGGAGGAAUGGACCGCCAUCAUGAACAACGGCAUUAUGGCCUACGGAGGACCGGUCUUCCCUGGCAUCCUGGUUGCGAUAUACUUCAUUGUCCUCUUCGUCUGCGGGAACUACAUUCUUCUCAAUGUCUUCUUGGCCAUCGCAGUCGACAACCUGGCAGAAGCGGAGAGUCUGACCUCCGCUCAGAAAGAGAAAGCGGAGGAGAAGAUGAGGAGAAAGCUGCUACGGUCCAAAAUGCCUGACAAGACAGACGAGGAGCGAGAGAGAAUCUCCAAGAAACUGGCGGAGCAGAGAGCCAAGAUGGAGGGCAUGCCCACCACAGCCAAGCUGAAAGUUGAUGAGUUUGAGUCCAACGUCAAUGAAGUGAAAGACCCCUUCCCCCCCGCAGACUUCCCAGGUGACGAUGAAGAGGAAGAGCCUGAAAUCCCCAUCAGCCCUCGGCCCCGACCCAUGGCCGACCUGCAGUUGAAGGAGGAAGCCGUCCCCUUGCCUGAAGCCAGCUCCUUUUUCAUCUUUGGCCCCCAGAACAAGUUCCGUAAGCUGUGCUACAAGAUCAUCAACGCCUCCUCCUUCACUAACCUCAUCCUGCUCUUCAUUCUGCUGUCCUCCAUCUCCCUGGCAGCGGAGGACCCCAUUGACCCCAAAUCAUACAGAAACCAGAUCUUAGCCUAUGCUGACAUUGUCUUCACCACCGUGUUCACCAUUGAGAUUGUACUCAAGGUAACUAAAGCUUAG